GUAAUUGUUCGCGCCAUCUCACCUCAGUAAACGGCUUUUUCGUCCACUUUUUUUCUCAAUCACGUACAGCAAGCGUCCUGAGAUUAUUCCAAUUAUUCCAUAAGAAUAACUAUUAAGAAAAUGUAAACGAGUGAUUAUCACGUGAACAUUCAACAGUUUUACGCGUUAGGAGAUAUUAAAUAGAGUGAAUAUAGAUUUUUUAUUUUUACAUUUUGUAUCGGCGUAUCAAUAGUGGACUAACCUCCAAACAACUAUGGCGAACGUUGUUCUGGACAAGGAGACCUUCUUUCGGCGAAUGAAACGUCUUUACACAGCAUGGAAGGAAGGCGAUGUGGGGACAGACGACAGCUUCAGCAAGAUGGACUGUCUGGUAUCAGCAGUGGGUACCGACGAGGACAUUGUCUACAGCAAAUCCAUGGCUCUUCAGACUUGGCUGUUUAGUUAUGAACUAACAGACACGAUCAUGAUUCUCGCUGAUGAUUCGAUUAAUUUUCUCGCCAGCAAGAAGAAGAUCGAAUUUCUUAGGAAGGUGGAGAGUGGCAAGACAGAGGAGACCGGGGUGCCUCCAGUGAAGCUCUUUGUCAGGGACAAGAGCGACGAGGAUAAAGCGAAUUUUGCCAAGUUGAUUGAUGUUAUCAAGGGCAGCAAGAAGGGAAAGACCCUGGGGGUUUUCUCGAAGGAGAAUUAUCCUGGAGCAUUCAUGGAUGCCUGGAGGACUGCCAUAAAACCAGAGAGUUUUGAUACUGUGGAUGUGAGUGCAUCCUGUGCCUACGUCAUGUGCCCAAAGGAGGAAAUUGAAAUUCUAACAGUGAAGAAAGCGUGCCUCGUAUCAGUAGACGUAUUCACAAAAUACCUGAAAGACCAAAUAAUGGAGAUCAUUGAUUCAGAUAAAAAAGUGAAGCACUCAAAAUUAGCAGAUGGUGUUGAUCAAGCCCUGACCAAUAAGAAGUACGUGACUGGUGUGGAUGUUUCCCAAGUGGAUAAUUGUUACCCAGCGAUCAUUCAAUCUGGAGGGAAUUACACUCUGAAAUUCUCAGUGGUAUCGGACAAAAAUAAUCUUCACUUUGGUGUUAUAAUCUGUUCGUUGGGAGCUCGUUACAAAUCUUACUGCUCUAAUAUCGUGAGAACUCUUCUAGUUAAUCCUACGAAAUCCAUUGAAGACAAUUACAACUUCCUCCUGAAUCUCGAAGAGGAAAUUCUGAAGAAACUCACAGCAGGUGUUAAAAUAAGUUCUGUCUAUGACACUGGAAUUAAAUACGUGAAGAGUGAAAAACCGGAGAUGAUAGAUCACUUGACGAAGAACUUUGGUUUUGCCAUGGGAAUUGAAUUUCGAGAAUCGUCACUCCUGAUCGGUCCCAAAACUCAUGCAGUCGCCAAGAAGGGAAUGGUAUUCAAUGUCAACGUUGGUUUAUCAAAUUUAUCAAAUUCUGAAGCAACCGAUAAGGAAGGCAAGAACUACGCCCUCUUCAUAGGUGAUACCGUUGUUGUCAACGAGUCAAGUCCAGCUACUGUUCUGACGACAUCGAAAAAAAAGAUGAAGAAUAUUGGGAUUUACGUGAAGGACGACGAGGAAGAGGAGGAAGAGGAAUCGGGAAAGGAGAAUGAGCCAAAGCCUGAGAUCUUAGGACGGGGUAAACGCAGUGCUGUUAUUGAAUCCAAACUCAGGACUGAACACAGCUCUGAGGAGAAGAGGAAACAGCAUCAGAAGGAACUUGCACAGCAGUUGAAUGAAAUAGCGAAAGCAAGAUUAGCUCAACAGUCGGGUGGUAAAGAGCAGGAAAAAAUUAGAAAAUCAACUGUGUCUUACAAGAGUCUCAAUCACAUGCCCAGAGAGACUGAAGUGAAGGAAUUGAAGCUCUACGUUGAUAAGAAAUAUGAAACCGUGAUACUGCCGAUUUUUGGUACACCAGUGCCCUUUCAUAUUUCUACAAUUAAAAAUAUUUCUCAAUCUGUUGAGGGAGAUUACACUUACCUGAGGAUAAAUUUUUUCCAUCCUGGAGCAACAAUGGGAAGAAAUGAGGGAGGCAGCUAUCCCCAGCCUGACGCUACAUUUGUCAAAGAAGUCACUUACAGAUCUACCAAUACUAAGGAACCUGGUGAGAUAUCAGCACCAUCCUCCAAUCUCAAUACCGCAUUUAGAUUGAUCAAAGAGGUCCAGAAGAAAUUCAAGAAUAGAGAGGCUGAGGAGAGGGAGAAAGAGGAUCUUGUUAAACAAGACACACUCGUUCUUUCCCAGAAUAAGGGAAAUCCCAAACUCAAGGAUCUCUACAUCAGACCGAAUAUUGUCACCAAGAGAAUGACUGGUGGACUUGAGGCUCAUACCAAUGGAUUCAGAUACACUUCUGUUAGAGGGGACAAAGUCGACAUUCUUUACAACAAUAUUAAGAAUGCAUUCUUUCAACCUGGUGAUGGUGAGAUGAUCAUACUUCUGCAUUUCCACCUGAAACAUGCCAUUAUGUUUGGAAAGAAGAAACACGUUGAUGUACAAUUUUAUACCGAAGUUGGAGAAAUAACUACUGAUCUGGGAAAGCAUCAGCACAUGCAUGAUAGAGAUGAUUUAGCUGCUGAACAGUCUGAGAGAGAGCUCAGGCAUAAAUUGAAAACAGCUUUUAAGUCGUUUUGUGAGAAGGUGGAAUCAAUGACAAAGCAGGAAAUUGAGUUUGAUACACCUUUCAGGGAUCUUGGAUUUCCAGGUGCACCUUUCAGAAGUACUGUACUCCUUCAACCGACAUCUGGAUGUCUCGUCAAUCUGACGGAAUGGCCACCAUUUGUUAUUACUCUUGAGGAUGUUGAACUUGUGCACUUCGAGAGAGUUCAGUUUCAUCUCAAGAAUUUCGAUAUGAUAUUUGUUUUUAAGGAUUAUCAAAAGAGAGUAGCUAUGGUCAAUGCCAUUCCCAUGCACAUGCUGGAUCAUGUGAAGGAGUGGCUCAACUCAUGUGACAUUCGUUACUCGGAGGGUGUUCAGAGCUUGAACUGGGCUAAGAUCAUGAAGACAAUCACUGAGGAUCCUGAGGGAUUCUUUGAGAGUGGUGGCUGGACAUUUUUGGAUCCUGAGAGUGAUGCUGAGAAUGAGGAAGUCGAUGAUGAGGAGGAGGAGGAGGAUGAUGCUUAUGAGCCAACGGAUAUUGAGAGCGAAGAGGAGAGCGACGAUGACUCGGAGUAUUCGGAGGCGUCUGAAGACUCGGAGAGUGAUGAGGAGGAGUUGGGUAGCUCCGAGGAGUCUGGUAAGGAUUGGAGUGACUUGGAGAGGGAGGCUGCUGAAGAGGAUAAGGAGAGGGGAGAUGGGAGCUUUGGAAGAAAUGAAUUUCCCAAAAAGAAGUCUGAACCCUCGAGAUCGAAGGAUAAACACAGACACUCGGGGAGCUCCAAGGGAAAGGGAUCUUCAUCUUCGUCGAGGGAUAAACACAGAACGGAUCGAACGAGGAGUGGGGGUUCACAUAGAAAAGUGUCUCCUUCCAAGUCAUCCAAACACAGCCCGAAGAAGAGUGACAGACACGACAAACAUCGAUCGUCACAUUCAUCAUCUUCCAGUAAGAAACGAUCCAGGGAGGACAGCGGAGAACGCAGAAGCCCCAAAAAAUCCAGGAAAUAAUGCGGCAUGGAGACUUUCUCAGUUCGAGCGCCAUCAGGAUCAUUGCAACAGUCUCCAGUCAAAGAGUUGAUCAGGAGCCCAAUAAGCUGUACACAUUCAUUCAAAUCGAAAACAAUUAAUAUCCCAAAAAAGUUGAUUAAUCGAGUAGCAAGUCAAUCAGUUGGAUAAUUUAUUGCUCUCAGUUUAAUGUACAAAAUAAUAUUUCGCUAUCAUUUUUUUUACAAUCACUUACGACGAAGUAAUUAUUGUAAGCUGAGUUAAAUGGAUAAUUCAUUCUCAUGAAAUUUUGGUCUUAAUUGUAUUAUCAAUAAAUUUAAUAAGUUUUUCAAACCAAA